UGUUGUUUUAUUCGCGUGGAUUCAUUUUCUAUAGUUUUCUCAUCAUAUUGGCGAUAGAUACUAAAGAAAAAUAGUAUAAAUUGUCUUAUAACUUGCGUAUAUUGUAGCCGAUUCAAAUAAUUUUUUUUAUAAGAUGCCGUCUCUGAGGAUUGACCAGAGUGAUCUGAAGUGUAAGAAUGGAUGUGAUUACUACGGCAACCCGCAGUGGCAAGGAUAUUGCUCCAAAUGCCACAGAGAACAACUGCAGAGACAGAGAAGGGCUGAAAAAGCGUCAGCGGCAUCCGCGUCAGCCACAUUGCCGAGACAGGAGCAGAAGAAGCCGGAGCGCGGACUUAAACUAUCAUCUCACUCCUCCUUCUCCAAGUUCGAGGAGAAACGUCUGCGCCAGAGCGAGACCCUGAAGAAGGCCAAUUUACUUAAAUUUAGCGUCUUUAAGAAGAGUAGCGCAGAUGAGCAUGAGCAAUCGGAGAGAAGACCUCAAGAGUUUAAGGUCCCGUCGAUGGUGAAUGAGGGCAUGAAACGCGACUUUCGGGUGCGGUUCCCGCAGCUGCCGAGUCAGGUGGACCGCGAUGCGCGCGUCUUCGCGCACUCCUUCAUCAUGGACGUCAUCAAGUGCUCCAAUGUUAUGUCAGUUGAUGAGCUGUCAGAAAGGGUGCAGCGGCAAUAUCAGAGGUUCAUGCGACACAUGGACACCUCGCAGCACUUCGCCGGCCUCGACCAGGACACCAAGGAGCUGCUCAUUGACUUUGUCGAGAAACAUGUUAUGACUUAUUUACACGAAUUACCAGGUGUGGUGUUCUCUCCGGCUGGUACGGAGGACGAGCGAGCAGACCGCGCGAUGUCGGAGCGCAUCCAGCAGCUGGGUUGGGUGGGAGAGCGUCAUCUCGAUUGUGAUCUGGACCGCAGCAAUGCCGCCUGUCGCCAGCUUCUUUACAAGGCCAUCAGUGAGUUGCUGGGUAUGGACGGAUGUGCAGCACCAGGCGGGAAGCUGGCGCGUGUGCGGCGCUGCUGCAGACACGUGCUGGCGCUGGCUGGACCCCCAGCCUCCGCUGAUGAUCUCUUACCCCGACUUAUAUUCACAGUGCUGAAGGCAAAUCCUCCACGUUUAGUGAGCAACAUAAACUUUGUGACGCGGUUCUGCAACGCGCAACGUCUCAUGACAGGAGAGGGGGGGUACUACUUCACCAACCUGUGCUGCGCGGUGUCGUUCAUCGAGAACCUGACCGCGGAGUCGCUGAACAUGGACAAGCAGGAGUUCGACUGCUACAUGGCCAUGCCCGCCUCCAUCGGCGGCAGCGCCUGGGCGGCAGCACUGUCGCUGUGCGCGUGCGCGCGCGAGGCGGAGGAGCAGCGCGCGCACGCACAGCUACUGCUGCAACAACUUGAUGACAUAGACUCGCGCUCCAACACCCUCGCUGACAACGCGGCUAGCUUUGAGGAACAAAUAGCGAAAAAAGUACAAGACGUUUUAGCUAAAACUCCAUUAGAGAUCAAACCGCGUCGUGAGUUGCCGAGGUUUGGUAAAUUCAAGAGCAUCGCUGCGACCCCCCUCAUUGACAUAGACACGCCCACUUCAGCAUCAGACUCCGCCCCCACCACACUGAAACCUCAGGAAGUCACACCCCACCAGACAGAAAACGCAGUACAAAAGGAACAUGAAAUCCCAGUAGUAGAAACUACAGUUGUGGAAGAUAAACAAGAUAUCCUCAACUUCCAAGUCUUAGAAAAGCCGUCUCCAUCAAAAUCUCCAAACAACGUGGAUGAGAAAUGGGACUUGAAGCAGACCAAUUCAAUAGAACUACUCACACCUUCACCGCUCGGGUUUACCUUCGAUUCAAGGUCAAUCGAUGAACUGGUCACCCCAGAAGACUUUGGCAUGGAGAACUUAGCACCUGGACUCAGUAAUAUCAAUUACGAUAUAGAUUUAUCAGACUUUAGCGGAGAUAAUAGUUUGGCUGAAGAUCCACCGAAAUCUGAACCCAAAGAUCCAUUCAGUCCUGAUGGUAUCAAGAAGGAUUUUGAUCCAUUUGCACCAUUACCGUCCCGUAGUGAAUACAGUGCUAUACUAGAAACAUUCGAUGAGUUCUCUUUAGUUGAUGCAAGGAAUGUGAGUUCUGAAGCAUUUGAAGUUGUUCACAGGGGACGGGAUCCGUUCAGUCCAGUUUUGACUGAACAUAGACAUGCAUUUAAUACAGUGAACCAACAUACUUCGUUAUUAGAUGAUAAGGAAUCUCCUACAGCUGAAUGUUUACUUCCAUCACCUUUACAGCCUCAGACAAGUAAAUCUAAUUAAACGUUAAAUUUGUUGCUAAAAUUUAAAUAAAUAAAGUAGUCCUAAAGUCAUAGUAAAUAAAAACUAAUUGCAUGCAAAACAUCUAGUUUAAGAAUUCUUUUGAAAGCAUGCGAACCCUAUUUAU